CGUGGGAGCCCACGUGCCCUGUAGCACCAGCGGAUAUAUCAGUUCUCUGCGGUCACCGUAGCCACGCCGCUGUUUGUGAAUCUUUGUCCUUUCACUAUUGACCCUGCAAGUGCAAUACGCUUAUAUAGUCUGGUUCUGCUUCAAGACAACGAAUGAAAAACAAACGCCAUGACCCAAAUCCAAGUAAUCUCCACAAGUUUGGUUCAAGCUCGAAGCGACAAUGGCGAUCUCAUUCGAGAAAUGGAGUUAACUCCAUGGGAUCUCCAACUUCUUCCAAUCGAAACCAUCCAAAAAGGACUUCUUUUUCACAAGCCUAUAGCCAAAGACACUCGCAGUUACAUCCAACGCCUGAAAGACACCCUUUCCUCCGCUCUAGACUUGUUCGUUCCCCUUGCUGGACGUCUCACCAACGUUGAACAUGGCGAUAAUGCAGUCUCUGUUUCCAUUUCCUGCAAUAACGCCGGUGCCCUGUUUGUCCACGCCAUCGCCUCUAACGUUGCUCUUUCUGAUAUUCUCGAUCCCAUCUACGUUCCUCGUAUUGUGCACUCCUUUUUUCCACUGAACGGAUCUAAAAAUUACGAAGGCAGUUCUGAGCCGUUGUUAGCCGUUCAGGUUACAGAGCUAGUCGACGGCGUCUUCAUCGGAUGCUCAAUCAAUCAUUCCGUUGUGGAUGGCAGAUCGUUUUGGCAUUUCUUCAACUCUUGGGCCGAGAUCUCUCGGGGUUUGGACAGAGUAUCCAAGCUCCCUGCUCUUGAACGCUGGUUUCCUGAGGGGAUUCGACACCCUAUUCGCUUUCCUUUUAUAAAGGAAAAGCAACAAUCUGAUGAGCCGCCGCCAGAGAGGGUGUUUCACUUCACAAGGGAAAACAUUGCUCAACUGAAAGCAAAAGCCAACGCAGAGGUUAGCACCAACAAGAUAUCAUCACUGCAGGCGCUUUUAAGUCAUGUUUGGCGGUCCGUGAUCCGCAACCAACGUCUCGAUCCAAAUGAAGAUGUCAAAUUCUUGCUAUUAAUAGGUGCCAGGCCCAGAAUAUCGCACCCACCAUUACCUGAUAGUUAUUUUGGAAAUGCUUUGCAUGUUGGUAAAAUAGCCAUGAAAGCAGGGGAAUUGAUUGAGGAAGGGCUUGGCAAUGCUGCUCUGGAAAUGAACAAGAUGGUUUCUUUACACACAGAAGAGAAGCUUAAGGGCUUCUAUGAGUCCUGGAUUCAGAGCCCAGAGCUUUUUAGAUACAGUGGCAUGAAAAGUAACUCAUUGGCCACAAGCAGUUCCCCGAGGUUCGACAUUUACGGAAAUGACUUCGGCUGGGGGAAGCCGGUGGCUGUCCGAAGUGGCUCUGCAAAUAAAGCUAACGGAAAGCUUACUGUUUUUGCUGGAGCUGAAGAAGGCAGUAUUGACGUUGAACUUUGCCUGCCUUUCCAGAUUUUAGAGGACCUGGCAAACGACCCUGAUUUCACGUCUUUUGCUUCUAUCUAAUGGACAUCUUCAAGGCUACGAUCACAAGUUCAGUUUAAGGGUUCUUUUCGUAGGCAUAAUCUUGUGUGAGGAAGGGCUUGGCGAUUUCUGUGCGUUAGUGCGAAGACAAUUGAUCCUUCGCUAAUGAUUAAUGUUUUCUCUAUUUUCAGUCGGAGUUGCGAUCGAGUAAUAAAACAUUGAACUCGAUAAUUCGCCUAA